AUGUUUUCGGCUACGAAGUUUUUCUUUUUGUGCUUGUGGGGUAUUAUUAUGCUGACACCUGUCCAUGCUUUGAUUCAUAGGUUUGAAGUGAGAAGAUCAUCACACACAAGGCUAUGCACCACCAAAAACAUGCUAACGGUGAACGGACAGUUCCCGGGGCCAACUAUAUAUGCUAGAAGGGGAGAUGUGGUCGAAGUCGAUAUUAUUAAUCUGUCCGAUCAAAAUAUAACCAUCCAUUGGCAUGGUGUAAAAAUGCCGAGAUACCCAUGGUCUGAUGGCACCAACAUCGUGACGAUGUGUCCUAUCACUCCCGGCAACAAGUUUCGACAAAGGAUGAUUCUCUCCGACGAAGAAGGCACUGUAUUUUGGCACGCUCACAGUGACUGGUCUCGGGCUACUGUGUAUGGCGCCAUCAUCGUCCUUCCGCCUACCACGGAAAGUUAUCCUUUCCCCAAGCCUCAUGCUCAAAUUCCCAUCUUACUAGGAGAGUGGUGGAAUGCCGAUAUUCAAAAAGUCUAUCGAAGCUUUAUUGCCGCAGGGCGCGAUCCCCCGAUUUGUGAUGCUUUCCUCAUGAAUGGUCAACCUGGGGAUAUGUAUCCAUGUUCAUCACAAGAUACAUUCAGGUUGAAAGUCGAGCCAGGCAAGACCUACCUUUUCAGAUUGGUGAGUGCAAUGAUGAACUACAUCAUGUUCUUCAAGAUCGCCGGCCACAACGUCACCGUGGUCGGAACAGACGGCUCCUACACGAAGCCGUUGAACACCCACUACAUCGCGAUCGCCCCCGGCCAGACCAUCGAUUUCCUCCUCGAAACCAACCAGCCGCCAAGCCACUACUACAUGGCUUCGAGAGUAUACGCCUCGGGAGCCGACUACGUCCCGACAACCGGAAUCCUCGAGUACGUCGGGAACUACACCCCGCCGCCGUCGCCGCUGUUCCCCUCAUUCCCGGAAAUCGAAGGGUACGUGACGUCGAUCUAUUUCAGCAACAAGCUCAGAAGCCUGGCCGACGAUAAACACCCCAUUGAUGUCCCAAUCAACAUCACAGAAAACCUCUUCUUCGUCCUCUCCAUCAAUCUGUGGCCAUGUGGGGCGAAUUCGUCGUGCUUGCAAGACGACAGGCUCCAGGCAAGCAUAAACAACGUGUCGAUGAUAAUGCCGAAAACAAGCAUUCUAGAAGCUUACUACAAAGGGAUCAGAGGGGUUUUCACACCGGAUUUCCCAGAUCGUCCAGAAAGAGUCUUCAAUUAUACACAAGUUAGUUUGGAGAGGAAUGAGUCGUAUCCGCAUUAUGCGACUGCUGUGUAUAUGUUGGAUUAUAACGCCACUGUUGAAAUCGUGUUUCAAGGAACUAUCCUCGGGGAGGGAAUCGAUCAUCCCAUCCAUUUACAUGGCUACAGCUUCUACGUCCUCGGCUCUGGAUUGGGGAACUUCGACGGAGCCCGGGACCGUCCUAACUUGAACCUCGUGGACCCGCCGUUUAUGGAUACCACGGUAGUUCCCAAAAACGGAUGGACCGUUAUAAGAUUUAAGGCUAGCAAUCCUGGAGUUUGGUACAUGCAUUGUCAUUUCGAGCGUCAUCAGACUUGGGGAAUGAAGAUGGUUUUCAUCGUUAAAGACGGUGAUCGCCCCAACGAGAAGAUGCUACCACCGCCGCCGGAUAUGCCGCGCUGUGAUACUCCUCCUCUAGAACUAUUAUUUAGGGUCUGA